GAGGAAUCCAAAUCUACGCCCGGACGAAUGGGAGAUGAACACCAAUUCAGGAUGAGGAAAGUGGCUUAAGUAUUUUAACACUUUCCUGUACACAAUGUUGUUUUUCUUUCUCCUGUUCCCCAGUGUCUCCCAUUUACUGGCCCUAUUGAUGGCAGUCUUAGCAAUGGAAUGAUGGUUAUCAUCAGUGGAACUGUUUCUCAGAACUGUGACAGGUUCCAUAUAGACUUUGAGAGCGCAUCCAGCCAAAAUCCUCAAAAUGAUAUAGCUUUUCAUUUUAACCCACGAUUUGAAGAGGGUGGAUAUGUGGUUUGCAAUACCUUUGAAAACCAGAGUUGGGGAAAAGAGGAGAGAAAAUACAAAAUGCCUUUUUUAAAAGGUCACUCCUUUAAGGUUAAGAUUUUGGUAAAACACGACUCAUUCAUGGUCACUGUAAAUGAAGAUCACUUUCUGGAGUACAAGCACCGGAUUCCAGUGCACAAAGUGAAGGCCAUUGGAGUGGCGGGAGGCAUGGAAGUGUCAGACAUCAGCUUCCAGAAAGCUGCUCCACCAGAACCGUACCAGCCGCAACCUUAUCCUAUGCCAUAUCGCACUUCCAUGGCUGGAGGACUUUCUCCAUCAAAAUCUGUGAUAAUAACUGGGAUCUCUCUGCCUAAAGCUAACAGAUUCCAUGUCAAUCUGAAGCGAGAUGAAGAUAUUGCCUUCCAGCUGAACCCAAGAUUCUCUGAGAAAGCCAUUGUCCGCAACACUAAGUUGAAUCAGAUCUGGGGGCCAGAGGAACGUAGCCUAUCAAGUGACAUGCCAUUCGUCCAUGGGAAAGGCUUCAUAAUCUGGAUUGUAUGCGACGCUCACUGCUUUAAGGUGGCUGUGAAUGGACAACACCAGUUUGACUACAAGCAUCGAGUUCCUAACCUGCAGGAGAUAAACCUGCUGGAAAUAGAGGGCGAUGUUUUGCUGACCUGUGUUCAAGUUUAAAGACGAAAUUCCACAUACGCUUUAAAUAAGAGUGAGCUUCUGCGUCGCCUCUUAAAAGGAGCAGCUUGCUGGGGAAUUUGCUAUUGACAUUUAAUCAAGUUUCUAAUUUAAGCCCAAGAAGCAUCAGGCUUAAACUGCAGCAAGGGAGGUUUGGAUUGGACAUUAGGAAAAACUUCCUACAUGCCAGGGUGGUUAAACACUGGAAUAAGUUGCCUAGGGAGGUUGUGGAAUCUCCGUCUCCGGAGAUAUCUAAGAGCAGGGUAGAUAGACAUCUCUCAGGGAUGGUCUAAAAGAUGGUACUGGGUCCUGCCGUGAGGGCCG